AUGAUUAGAGGAGACAAUUUGGUGCCUACCUCUUGGAGUGAUGAAGAACGGUUUGUUGAUGAUCUGUUGAACACUUCUUCUUCAUCAUCAAUUUGUACACAAGCAGCAACGACAUCAACAGUUGCUAAUUCAUCUUCUUCUAAUAGCUUUUCAUCAUCCGAAAUUAUAGUCAUCAGUGACGAUGAAGAUUUACAAGAAGUGGAUCGUUUUCCAACCGAUUAUCAUGUGCAGACUCGAUCUUCUAAGAAAAAGUCAACUCCCAAAGGUAUAAAAAAGAACAAGAGGGAGACUAGAAAGUCAUCUAAAAUUCAAAAUGCUGAAAAUAUGAAGCAUCCAGAAGAUAUAAUUCCUCUGGAUGUAUUCAGACAAUUUGUUAAUUCUUCCAAGGAUGAUUUACUUCACCAAGUACUUGGUGAACAGUUGGAAAGUCUCGAAUCAUCAUUUAAUAAUAGUGAGAAGAAGCUUAAAAAGAAGGCCAGGAAGAAGUUCAACCCUCCAACCACAGUGGAAUUUGAUGAGGAGGCAAUUCGAGUAUUGAGAGAUGGAGUUUCCUAUUUACUAAUUGAAAAAUUGAAAAAAACAAAAGAAAUUGCAAAUGCCAAAAAUUUAUCCCAAGCUCUUUCCCUAGCUAUGGAUUUGUAG